AUGUAUCGUGGUCUUGUGGAAUCGGCUUUAUUGGCCAGCUCUGCCUUGAGCAUCUUUGUUGCCGCCAACCCGGUCCUCCCUCGCGGUGACUCUUCGACUGGCUGGGGCACAUCCUCCGGCUGGGGAUAUGGCUCUGGCGUUGGCAGCACACCGGUUGGAGGGUGUUCCGCAGGGCCUACUACCACCUUGACUAUCACGUUGCCCGGCGGUCCAAGCUCUUGCCCAGCUCUCCCGCCUCCAUCGACCAUCACUGUGAGCACUUGUCCCGGAACCACCCCCGUGGGCGGAGUGUCUGGUUGCUCGACCUUGCCUCCGUCUACAAUCACGGUAACAACCGGAAGCCAAUGCCCUCCCACCACGCCAGUUGGUCCAGGGAAUUCUUGUCCCACAGGUCCCCCAACCACGGUCACAGUGACUGCCGGGCAGAACUGCCCUCCGCCGUCCCCUGGCACUACCACAACCCUCACGGUGACCAGCCCAGGAACUUGUCCGACCUGCCCACCACCCAGCUCUCCAGUUGGCCCCUGCGCCACAUCGACCGUGGUAAGCACACUGAUCUCGACCACGACAGUUGGUGGUGGAGUCUCAACAACUACAGUCGUCAUUCCAGCCCGGACCGUCACCGAGACCACCACUGUUGUGUCCACGAUUCCCGGUCCUGGACAGACUACUACCGUUGUCUCCACCGUUCCAGGUCCAGUCCAGACAACCACCAUUGUUUCUACCGUUCCGGGACCAGGUCAUACAACCACUGUUAUCUCUACGGUGCCGGGUCCAGGUCAGACUACCACUGUUGUCUCCACAGUGCGCGGUCCUGCAGAGACGACGACUGUCGUUUCCACUGUUCAAGUUCCAGCGUCAACCACCACUGUCGUUUCGACGAUACCAGGCCCUGUUCAGACUGUCACCACGACCGAGGUCGGCCCAGGACAGACAAUUACAGCCACCGUCACGAGCACUCUUACCGUGCCCAAUGGACCACCAUCUACCGUGACGACCACCGUAACCCAGCCUGGCGGCCCUGGGCAAACGGUCACCAUUCCUGGGCCCACGACUACUGAGAAGUGCACCGACGUCGGUCCCGGUCAGACCAUCACUGUUCCCGGACCUACUGUAACCACCGGACCUACCACUACCGUCACCACCACGGAGAAAUGCACCAACGUUGGACCAGGGGGCACCUCCACCUGCGCUACAGUCACCAAAUGGUCGACGAUCGGAGGGGGAUACGGUGGAGACUACUCAACUGUGUCUGCCGCCUCGACUACUACGGGCUGGGGCCAGAGCGGGUGGAAACGACACUGGUAA